AUUCGCUAUUUGUGGAUUCUGGAUCUCGUCUCGACGAUGUACCAUAAACAAAAAUGUCAGCGAUCCCGAUUUUUUUUGUUUCUCGUCGCAUACCCAUCGUUAUACCUUAAUUAGAUCACACGAAUGAUAUAAAUUAUCGGUGGACGCUUUCUCGGGAGGUGUUUUCUCGAUCAAACGGCGUACCCUUAGCGAUAAAUCGGCCAUAAUAAACGUGUGUCGAGUGUGCUUCGCGCCCGUCUACACCCGUUCUGUCUCAUUGUUUAUGUAUGAAAAGUAAAUCUAGAAUUAUUACGGCGUUUGGUGCUGGAUAAACGUAGUUAGUACUUAGUAAUAUCGGGGAUGUGUUAGGAGUUGAAUAGCAGCCGGUUCUGUAGAGACGCGGCGGGCGUCUUCGCGGUCGUCAAGGUUCUUUUAUUAUGAUCUCUAUUUAUAAUAUCCUCUUCGCCUGGUGCAGCAUAAUGACAUUCUUGUAAUGAAGAGUAUCUCCGUGGAUUUGUGGGACAUCUGCCAAUGAUCCAACCUGUGACGAAAGGCCCGCGUACACUUCCAAGUUGGCGAAGGCACGCAGGGGUAUGAUCAAAGAGAAGGAGAAAGGCGGAGGCGCCCGCCUCAAGGACGAGCCCAACGACCCUGCCGAGCCAGGUCACGGGUCCCGUCCGCCGUCCGCGUCGCUGCCGACCCCGGCGGCGCUGAAGAAGGAGCCCGAUGACCCGCCGCACCGGGUCAAGAUGGAGCCCCACAGCCAGGAGGAGAGUGGCGGGGAGAUGGUCGACGGCAUCAAGACGGAGAUCGACGGGUUGAUGGACAGUGACGGUGACCCCACAAAAUCUCCCCCCUGCGAGCUUGGUGGGCCAGGAUCACUGAAGUCGGAGCGGCUCUCGUCCGACUCCAAUGAUAUAUUGGACCCGCAGACCGGCCUGCGUGGCUCCACGGGCAACUUGCAGGAUGGCAACCAGAACUGCCGCAACCCAAACGGCGCGGAAAACAUGGGUUCCUGCCGCAUGGGAGGCUCCGGGCCGAUGGGGCCCGGCGUCUCCAUGGGGCCCAUGUCCAGCGAGGCCCAGACCCUGCCGUCGAACGUCAUCAGCAAGCAGUCGGGGAGUAUGGAGCAGCAAAGCCAGAUCUUCGUGUUCUCGACUCUACUGGCGAACAAGGGCGCAGACGCCGUCAUAUCCGGCCAGCACCACUCCAUCAUCGCUUACCAUUGCGCGCAGCCCGGCACUAAGAAGUAUCUGGAGAAACAUCCACUCAAAAUGGGCCAGUUCAACAAACAGAAUCCCGCGCAGUGGCUCAACAAUCUAGCGAUGGCGAAGAGCAGAGGCGGCAUGCGCGGCGGCCCCAACAUGAUGGGCGGGCCUAACCAGAUGGGCCACAUGAUGGGCGGGCCCAUGGGACCCAACAUGGGACCCAUGCACGGCGGCAUGGGUCACAUGGGACCCAACAUGAUGGGACCCAACCGCAUGGGUGCGCCCGGCAACCAGAUGAUGAUGAUGAAAGGCGGGCCCGGGCAGAUGGGGCAGAUGGGUCCCGGCAUGGGCCCCAUGGAUGGGUUUCCAGGGAGCACCCCGUCCUGUGGUGUCAUGGACGGCCUCGGUGCUGAUGGUGAAAUACCCUGGGACACCAAAAACCCCUCCGUAAUGUCAAACGGCAUGGCGAACGGCCCCAACCAGAUGCCUCCCUGCUCCGAGUCGGGCGGCGACGGCGACAACAUGCCCUGCCAGUCCGGCCCUAAAGCCGCAGUCUCGUCCGCAGGUGUGAAGAUCCCGGACGAGAACCUCACGCCGCAGCAGCGCGCGCACCGGGAGGAGCAGCUCGCCACUAUCCGCAAGAUGCAACAGAUACUGUUCCCGGAGAGCGGCAACCCCCCCGGCAACCAGGGGGACCAGCCCUCCUCCGACAACCCGCCCAGCUCCACCGCCAUGAACAUGCCCUUCCCGCCGAUGUCCGCCCACGGCCCCAUGUCCGGCCCCAACCCUAUGGUCUCCAUGUCGAACAGCAUGAGCAGCGGGCCCAGCUGCACCAUGUCGGGACCCAUGGGACCCAACGGGCCCAUGGGAGGCCCGAUGGGACCCGGCGGACCGAUGGGACCCGGCGGCCCGAUGGGCCCCAACGGACCCAUGGGCGGUUCUCACCCGAUGGGUGGGAUGGGCGGCCCCGGCAUGGGGAUGGGCCCCGGUUCGAUGGGCCCAAAUGGGAUGAUGGGACCGAACGGUCCCAUGAUGGGGCCCGGGAUGGGGCCGAACGGGCCGAUGGGACCGAUGGGCCCGUGCGGCAUGAAGGGCAUCAGAAGCGCGUGCGGCGGCCCCGAUAUGAAGUCGGGAAUGUGCACGGACAUGCACAUGGGAAGAGGCUGCGGCGGACCUAUGGGGCGUAUGCCCAAUCCAAUGGGCGGUAUGGGUGGACACAAACCUUGCAUGAUGGGUGGACCGCACAUGGGACCAAGAAUGAUGUCUGGCCCAAACAUAAACGCUAUGAACGGUGGUAUAAUGAUGGACGGCGGUAUGAUGGGCGGCAUGGUGCACGGCGACUGUGGCCCCGAACACCACGGCAUGCCCAACGGGCCCAUGUGCGACGACUACGGCCGCGGCAGGAACAUGGGCCCCGGCGAUCCGGGCGGGUUGGGCCCCGGCGGUCCCGGCGGUCUAGGCCCCGGCGGGUUGGGCCCCGGGGGCCCCGGGCACAAGCCGGGCCUCCGCAGCCCCAAGAGCCCCGGCGCCGGCGCGGACAUCGACUGGCAGAAGCUCCACCACCAGUUCUUCGACGACUCCAAACCCAUGGAUACUGAAUUAAGUAACGCGGCGAAGUCCCCGUGCUCAGAGCGCGGAGGUUGCCUGCCCCCGCCGCCCUACGGCGCUUCGCCCUUGCACCGCUCCGCCUCAGUACCUAUAGCGACGCAAUCGCCGUCCCACGGCGUCCAAAUGCCGAUGUCGGCGGAGGCGUCCCGCGCCGGCUCCGGACUGAACAGCCCCGCCCACUGCAAGCAGGGGCCCAAACAGGACGCGCCAGAGAUACUAGAGAAGUUGGAUGACGGUGUGUUUGUGCGUACCCUGCAAUGUCUCGCGGCGCAACAGAAGCACGGGAAGGAGGCUAGCCUGAUGCCGGUGCCGUCGCCGCAACAGAUCUCGUACCUCAAUCAGUUCGAAGGCCAAGAGCUGACGAUACAGAAACAGCCGAAUACGUCGUUGAAAGACAACGGGCCUCCAUCGAAUAGCGGCGGUCAAACGCCGCAGUCUAACUCGAAUCAAAAGUCACCGGCCGGCAUGAUGCCCGGCACACCGGAGGGUCACGGCUCGUUGUCGGAGGCGCGCGCGGGCCGAUUCUCCCUCGAACAGAGCCCCGGCUUCAACAAUCCACAGACGCCUACAUCGGCCGCUGGCAAGUGUUCGCAAGAUGAAAAAUCAAGGCCGAGUCCAUCAUCGAACAGAUCAAGUCAAGACAGCGCAUCGAAAACGCCGCAGAGAGAAUCAAGAGACGGCAGGGAGGGGCGGGACGGGAGAGAGAUGAAUCAGGGUCCCAAUAUGAAUCAGGGGCCUAACAUGAAUCAGGGCCCCAACAUGAACCAGGGGCCUCCCAUGAGCCAGGCCUCAAUGAGCCAGGGGCCAUACGCGCCGACGUCCGCGUCAUGCGCCAAAAGCAGUUGCAGCGUCGCCUCGACGGUAUCAUCACAUUCUGACGACACAAUGACAUCGAAUACUGAGACGACACUUUCGGGUGGACCGAACAGUACGAGUUUACCGGGGCCGUUCCCGGGCGGGCCGUGCAUGAACCGGCCCGACAACAUCCCGAUCAAUCCCAACCAGGGGCCCAACGGACCCAUGGGCACCUCCACAUCAUCCUUCGACCCCAUCUCCUCCCUCGCGCAGAUGUCCCAGCAGCUGACGAACACUGUGGGCGGCGGGGGCCCCGGCCCCGGGCCCAUGGGGCCCAACGGCAGCGGCAUGGGGCCCUUCGGCUCUGGCCCCCAUCACAUGCAACACCACCACUCCAUGCACCCGCACGGUCAUCCGCACAUGAUGAUGAAUGAUCUCGGUUGCCACAUGGAAGGUAUGGGAGGCCCGGGGAUGAGCGGCCCGAUGGAAGGAAUGAUGGGCGGCGGCGACUUCCCCCCUGACAUGAAUCUUAGCCCGAAAAUGGGCAGCGGACCCAUGGGGGGACCAAUGGGCCCAAUGGGCCCCGACGCGUCCAUGAUGGGGCCCCGAAUGGGGGGCGGUGGAAAGAUGCCCCCGUUCAACGGAGCGAACGUCCAAGUGAAGGCGAGCGCGCCGAACACGAUACAGUAUUUACCGACGAGGCCGCAGAUGCCCUGCAACACGGGCCCCCGCGGCCCGCCUAGCUUAGAUUUUCUACAACGAGUCACGAACCCUAUGCAGAUGGACGGCAAAGGUGUACAGUACUUCCCGCGAGGGGGCAUGGACAUGGAGGGCGGCAUGCGGGGCGUCAUGCGCGCCCCCGGCAUGCUGCGGAUGCCGCACUACCCCGCCGGCUUCAACUCGCCGCCUAAGAUGGCCGGCGACCCGUUCGGCGGGCCCGGCCCCAACCCCAUGUGCGGCCCCAACUUCCGCGGCGUGAAAGGCGGCAUGGGCCCCGGGAACGUGCGCAUGGGCGCGGGUCAGGCGCUGCCGCCGUCCAUGGGCGGCCCCAACCCCGGGUUCAAGGGGCAGGGCUUUGCGAUGCCGUCGACGGCGGACCCCAACUACGCGGCGCAGUUCCACAACUUCCAGCAGCAGCUGUACGCGACGGGCAGCCGCGGCGCGCAGCCGCACCAGGGCUACCCGCCCUACCAGCCGUCCAAGUGAUGACCCCCGCCCGCGCCCCCGACAGUCCAUUGACGGAUCGACCUAGCGGCCUGCGGAUAUUAUUAAGUUUUAUAGAGUUGUUUUUAUACCGGAGUUGGAGUGUUUCCGAUGAGUACUUAAUGUAUAGAAAAUAUGCCAGUGAAAGAGAACAAAAUAUUUUAGUGUUCGUUCGGUUGGUGUAUUAUUGUGAGAUUUUUUACACUGCGGAUUCGAUACGGUAGGCGUAUAUUUUGUAGCGUCGUUUUCACUAGUUUCCUUGACUGAGUAUAAGUUUUAGUGAAUGUGAGCGUUUGUACAGAUUUGUACAAAUAGAUGUGUUAUUUUUAGUCUACAUAAUUUAAAGUACAGUUAGAGUUUACGUGACUUUAGAGUAUCAUUUUUAUGCAGACGAGCCAGGACAUCAGUGUAUCGGUUCCUUACUUAGCUAUUUAUAUAUGAUUCCUAUGCACACAGAUAUCUAGUCAAUUUUGAAAUUAUUGCCCGAUCCUGUGUUGAAGUGUAUGUUGCAAUUGAGUUAAUUGAUCGAUUAACAGUUUUAUCAUCUUUACAUGGAAAUGCAUAUUUUUUAUAUUUGUCCAUUUUAGAUUUAGAUUUCGUUUAGGGAGAUUGGUCUAAUAUUAUUUUAACUCGGCCUCUGUCGGUCUAGAUCCUGAAACUGUGGGGUCGAUUUUAUUUUAUAGUCGUUAUUUAAUUCACUUUGAUCUGAUAGCAAUGUUUUUCUGUCUUCCAUAACUUACUCUUAAGAGUCGGACAUUCUGUAACAAAAUUCAGUACAUGCUCAAUGUAGUCUGUUUGAAGUACUUAAAAUCUGAUGCCAUAUUAUUUGCCACGUUUAUUUUAUGAACUUAUUUAUUGUCGCUUUUUAGACUCGAACGCUACAACUUUAUGAUAGUACAUAAUAUAUACUAAGCUAGUAAGCGCAUUGUGGAUGUCACAGUGGCCUUUCGGUAAAUGUAUUGCCUUUAAUGUAAAAUGAACCCCGGCGAGAAGACAUAUUGCUCACGGACGAGUUAUGGGCGGUAAAGAGACGCAAUAGUCCAGAAAACACCCGCUAGAAAUUAGAUAGAGUUAAUUUAACUGUAAUUAUAACGUAAGGUAAAGAAUGGUUCUUGUUUUAGUGAUAAGUGAGAGCAAUGAUAAUAUUACGUUAAGUAAAAUAGUUUGUGUAAUAAUAAAUAAGAGAAGAAAUUAAAUGCAAACUAUUGGUUGUGAUUCCGACACAAUUUGUUAAGUUGUUCGUAGAUGACAUUGUGCGGACUUACUUAGUUCAACAUAAGGCCCUUUUAUAUAUUUUUUUUAUUUUGUUUUUGAUUCUUUAAUUAUUAUCGUUCUCGUUUGUACAUCGCUAACAAUAAUUGUACAGAGUACUUUUGGAGUUAAUUUAAGGCAAUAAAUGUAUUUAUUUUAUAACUUGUGAU